CAGGAAAACUGUGGUUCUUGACCAGAAAGCCAGACUAGUAUCCCCAUCUGGUUUGGCAGUAACCAAGCACCAACAAAUCAUAGUCUCUGACCUGGACAAGAACUGUCUGUUUUUCUUUGACAAAUAUGGUAACCUGGUACGCACCUUUGGCUCUUACGGUAAUGGCGACGCCCAGUUUGAUAUGCCAUUGUAUCUAUCGACAGACAAGGAGGCGCUGUACAUUUCAGACAGUUUAAAUAACUGCGUCAAGAUGUUCACUUUUAGUGGGGACUUCCUGGGAAAGAUUGGCAAGCCUUUUGGAAACAUUCUAAACAGCCAGAGAAAACUUGACUCGAAUUCCAGCAGCAAUGGCAGCUCAGCAGAGGGUGAGGGGAGUCUUCUGACCAAUCAGAGUACAAAGCCAGACAGUGAGCUUUAUAGACCUGGAGGGGUGUGUAUGUACAGAGACAUGGUGAUAGUAAGUGACACCGGAAACAACAAGGUCAAGCUCUUCACUAAAACGGGACAGUUUGUGCAAGUCCUGGCCGUUAUGGAGUCCCCGCGAGGAGUGUGUGUGACCCGCGAGGAAAACAUUGUGAUAUCGUAUGGUGGGGUGUACAGUACCAACCAUGGAGUAAAGGUGAUUAACAUUCCACAGGAGGAUGAAGAUGAAGACAGUGUAGAAGAGGAAGAAGAAACAUAAUGGCAGUUUUAUUGA